UGAAGCUGGGAUUAACUUUCGUAUAGGCGGUGACGUAAAUUAGAGUCCAAAGCUCAGCAUGUGUGUACAGAUGUUGUUUAGUUUGUUACAUAGCAUUUUUUGUGGGACAAAGGCUAAUCUUCUGGGACACAAACCUUACUGGUGAUCUUUAGAUCUUUAUUUUUCAGUGGACUCAGUAUCACUGCUUCCUCAGAAAAGAUCAUGUGUUUGCACUCUCCAGAUAGAUAGCCAGUACCACAAACAUGCGAUGCAUUGUUGAACUUGACAGUGACAGUGCUCUUAGAAAACCCUUGCAUGCUAACUUAAAAACUUCCCAGUGCCAACUACUGCAGGUACACAGAGGAACAUUAUCACACUGGUGAUGACUUGGGCUAGUCAGUAUGUCAUUUUAUUUUAUUUUAACAGAAAAAAAUCUUAAAGCAAACAUGCAAAGAUCACAUCACGGACCUGAGAAACAGGUGAACUUGCAGUUGUUGCACCAAAUGCAAACUCUGUGUCUGAAACUUACCCUCACAGAAAUAGUGUGGUUUUACUUUCAAACUGAUGCCUUAAAUACAGAUACUGGCUUGUUGGGGAGGGGAAAUAGUAAUUUUCAGUCUUAGGUGUCAUAGGCUUUACAUCCCUAAGCGUGACGUAGGAGGACAGACCAGGUGAAAACCAGGGUGUUUGCAUGUGGUUAAAUAGUUAUGGGUUUAUGCUCAUGGAAAGCAAUGUUUGACAAAUGUUAAACUGGUUUGACAAACUCUGUAGACCAGCGCUGCUGCCAAGAGAAGCGUCCCCAUUACUGCCUUUCUGCUGCGCCAUACCUUUACAGGCACAGUUAAAUGGAUGGUAAACUGGAAUUUGCACUGCUGAAAACUAACAUUCUUCCCUUCCCUCCUCCUUUGCAGAACUGUUUUGUCAGCUGGAGUAGUUUUCUAGUGUAGUUCACUAUGGACUCUUCAAACACCUGCUGCAGAAGAAAGUUCUGAGAAGAGUCAGGGAAAGGCAGGGUUGUGUCUUCUGGCAGCUCUGACCACUGAAGGUGUGAAAAGCAAGAACUGAGGAGAAAAACCAUGAAGGUAUUGGUUAUUGGCCUUGGAGGUGUAACAAAUGGGGGGAAAACAACACUGGCAGAAAAGCUUAAGAAAAUGCUUCCCAAUUGUGAUAUAAUCUGUCAAGAUGACUUCUUUAAGCCAGAGUCUGAAGUAGAAACAGAUGAACGUGGAUUUAAGCUGUAUGAUGUACUUGAUGCCCUUUAUAUGGAUGAAAUGGUGAAAAGUAUUCGCAAUUGGAUGAAAAGCCCAGCAAGCUCAGGUGUUGUGACAGAAGAGCCACAAAAUGCAUGUGACAAUCUGAAAAAUACAGAUGUUGUUUAUAUUUUGAUUGUUGAAGGCUUUCUGCUAUACAAUUAUGAGCCACUUAAUGAACUAUGGAGUAGAAGAUAUUUUUUGACCCUUCCUUACGAAGAGUGCAAAAGGAGAAGGAGCACCAGAGUCUAUCAGCCAGCAGAUACACCGGGUUACUUCGAUGGACACGUAUGGCCUAUGUAUCUGAAAUAUAAAAGUGAAUUGGAAGAGAAUGCAAGUAACAUUGUUUAUUUGGAUGGAACAAAAUCCCAAGAGGAGCUUUUAUCCAGUUUGUAUAGUGAUAUAAUACAGGAAUUAAAAAAGCUGAGGGAAGAAAAUCAGCAGGUCACAGUAUGAUAACAUAGAAAGCUUGGGUUCCGUCUGAUGCAAAUUGAAAGCCCCAAGACUGUCAUAUUUGGCAAGCCAACCAACUGAGCAGAUGUUAAUGUAUGUUUAUAAUACUCAUUCAGAGAAUACAAGUAGAUUUGUAGUGAUUAUUGAGUCUGUAAGCCUCAGGUAUUGUUGAGUAAUAUCAACACUGCAUUAUUAUUGAGAAUUUCUUUAAUCAGUCAUGCUUUGGCUGACCUUUGUUUGAAUGUGUACAUUUUACAGAAUAUAAACAUAUUUUUGUAUACAAAACUAAACUAGAAAGAUGCAGUUCUUUUGUAUUAAUAAACAUAUUUGAGCAUGGAUCAGUACAAUUUUAAAUGUUCAUAUACAAAGGACAGUGAUUAAUUUUAUGAGCUUCUAAUCACCAAUAAGCAUGGUUAGAUGAACUGGUUGUAUGUUGUGGCAGCAGUAAGUUGAAGAUGGUAUGAAGUGUUACACUGCUUACUCAGUAACAGAAGCUGUUAUUGAAUAUAUAACUGAACUUACUUGCUAAACACCUCUGGUGUUUGCCAAGUAAUUUUUAAUUUUUAUGUUGUGUGUUGGUUUGAGCAGUUAGGAGUGGGUAUUUAAAAAAAUCCAAACAAACCUGAAGAGAAGUCAGGUUGUUGGGAAAAGAUGGGGGAACAAUAUGGAGGCUAGAAUACAGAUGCAUUGCUAAUAACAUCAAGUACAUGUACUGUGUGAAAAUCAAGGACUGGGGUGGCACAGACUACUACAAUAAAUGUGCGCAUCAGGGAGGAGGAAGAGGGAAGAAAUAAUUCUGGUUAAUAGUCAUAGCUCAGGUUGAAAUUACAGUAACAAAUGUAUUCAGAAAGCAGCCUGUGAAAUGAAUGUUGAAGCUUUUUUGUAGAAUUUGUGUAUUUAGAUAAAAUAGAAAACUGGAAAGUUUAAUCAUUUAUGGUGGCUGAAUAAUUUAUGAACUCUUACAUUUUCUUUGAAAACUUACCAGCUAGAAUAGAAAUCAAGCCACAGACAUGAAAAGCAAACAAUGGCUAUAUAUAUAUAUAUGGGCUAUAUACUCUGUGUCAGCUGAACUGAUCAGUGAUUGAAAUGUAAUGCUUUAUUGUUAACAGUAUUAAGGGUCCUAAACCUGUAUAUAUAAAGAGUUUGUUAAAAGAGUAGAGCUGUGUGAAGCUUCUGUUUCAGACAAAGUGCUUCCAAGUACUAUUUUGUAUUAUAAUUUUGCAGUAAAAAUACUUCAAGAUAGAUUUGA